GUUUAUGUGAGCACAUCAAGGACAGCAUCAUGUGAUUUGGAGAGAUUUCAAAUCUGGAACCAAAGUGUGGUCUGGUUUAGUGUCGACUAGCAGGUGAACCAUUCGUUCGAUUGAUUCAGACACGUAAAAUGUUUAUUUUGGGCAGCAGAAACCUUCCUUUGUGUUGCAGUCUUCUUCUUUGUUUACUCCUAGGUUGUGUGUCUACAGACGGCAUCAUAACCACAGUGGGGUCAGAUGUCACUUUGAUAUGUAACUACGAUGCUCAGUACUAUGGCAGGCUUUCCUCAUGCUGGGGCCGAGGAGACAUCCCCAACAGUGGCUGUGCCAAUGAGGUGAUCAAGUCAGACGGGACAGCAGUGACCAGCAGGUUGUCAGAGCGAUACCUGCUCCUGGGUAAUCUGGGCGAGGGCGAUGUGUCGCUGACCAUCAGGCAGGUUGAGGAGGGUGACUCGGGAAAGUACGGCUGCCGUGUGGAGAUACCAGGCUGGUUCAAUGAUCACAAACACGAGGUGACCCUGACCGUAGUGGCAGCACGCCCUAAUCCUGUGAGGGUGGAAACAAGAGAGGUGAAGGAAAGAACUAUCACAGUUCGUUGGACUCCUGCGUUUGAUGGCGGCAGCCCCAUCACAUCCUACAAGAUUGAUCUUAAAAACAAACAGGCAUCCUGGGAUACUGCUGUAAGGACUGUAGUCUCAAAUCCUGAGCUGACUCAGGUGACUUUGGUGGAUUUGCGUCCGGCCAAGACCUACAACCUCCGCGUGUUUGUUGUCAACAGUGUGGGCAUGAGCGAGGCCAGCAACGUUCUGACAGUCACAACCAAAGAAGCAGCACCAGAGGGUCCACCCCUGGAUAUGCAGCUGGAGGCCCUCACUUCUCAUAGUAUCAGAGUGACUUGGAAGCCUCCGAGGCCUGAGCUCAGAAAUGGGGUUCUGCGGAGUUACAGCAUUACCUACAGAGAGUAUGACCCUGCGGGCAAACAGUUUAAACGGUGGCAGCACCAAAGUGUGACAGCCACGCGGGAGCUGGAGAGUUUCACCCUGACCAACCUGAAGCCUUCUACUAAGUACGGUGUGCUUGUACAAGCCAAAACCAACGCAGGAACUGGACCUACCUCAUCUGCACCUCUCUGCUCCACUCUGGAUGAGGUUCACACAACUACAACAGUUGCAACUAUUGCGUCUUCUUCCACUGCUGACACAAUGAGGAGACAUGACACGACAAGUGUCACUGCAGCUCACACAACUUCAACAGUUGAGUCUGUUACUGCUGCCACAGUCUGGGAUCAAAGCACAUCUAUCACCUCUGUGCCCCCAGAUCCCCCAGUAGUUGAGUUAAAAGAGGUCACAGACAACACAAUCUCCCUUUUUUGGACUCCUGGGUUUGAAGGUGACAGCCCCAUUACAGGCUUUUACUUGGAGUAUAAAGCUGUGAAUGCCUCAUGGGAUUACACCAAGACAGUUGUAGACUUCAGCCCCAACCAGACAGAGGCCACCAUAAUAGAGAUAAAUCCCUCAACUUACAACAUCCGCAUGUUUGCUAAGAACAGUCUGGGCACCAGUAAACCCAGCAAUGUCCUCACCAUCACUACUGGAGAAGCAGGUCAUCAGAGAGGCAAGCAGGUCACCACUGUAUCUACUGACACUCACGCCGCUGCAAGUGUUGAGGAGAGUCAUAAUGGUCACCUUGCUGCCAUUGUGGUGCCGGUGGUGCUGGUGGUGUUGAUUAUUGCUACAAUAACUGCAUGGCAACUACGACGAAUAAAACACAAACAAGGCAGCCUGAGCGUGUGGAUGACCAAUGGAGUACUACGUUACAGAGGCUCUGAGUCACUACAAGAGCUGUAGAAGUUACACUCCACUUUAGCCCACGGUGUCAUCACAAAACUCAGAAAUAAGCAGCCAUUUUGAGACUGCUGACGUCCUCGCUCACUGAGUGUUGCUGAGAUUACUUCCAGUAUUUUUCUUGUUACAGCACCUUCGUGUUGGUUCAUUUGUCAUUUUUUGUUUUGUUGUUCUUUUUGUGUUGUUUAUGCUUUAAUAGCCAACAACAGGUCGUUAAAUUACUUGUUUUAUUUUUAUCAGACUAUAUAUGUGCGAUCAAAUGGUACCACAUCUAUACUAUUUUCUUUAAUGGUAAUAAACUUAUGUUAGUUCCUCCACUGAGGAAGUUAACAUUACAGAUUGACUUUGAUUGGCUGCUUAGAAAUAUGUUGAAUUAAAUCAGCUGGUAAAAGUUGAGAUAGUGCAACCACAAAUACAUUCAUGAUUAAAUGUGAUUAUUAAUGCAGUGUUGUGAUUAUAGUUUGACUGAAGAGAAAAAAAGUUUGAUUUCAAAUAUCGCUCUACCCAAUUCGUUUUUGUUGUUGUUGUUUGUUUGUUUGUUUGUUUGUUUAUAGAUGAUUACUUAAUUCAAAAAACAUAUUAUGGUACAUAUAUUGUCACUAAAAAAAGUUUGAUUUAUUGCAGUAAAACUCAGAUGCAUACA